UGCGCGUUCAUAGUGUCCGCCUAUUCGUCCAAUUGGUUGCGACUAAACAAGCCGUUCAAUCCGUUAUUGGGCGAGACAUAUGAGUACGAACUGCCGGAGCUCAACAUUAAGGUGGUGUUCGAGCAGGUGUCACACCACCCGCCGGUGAGCGCGUGGCACGCGGAGGGCGACCACUUCAUACUGCACGGCACCAUCAAUCCGAAGCUAAAAUUCUGGGGCAAAUCCAUCGAGGUGACACCCGAGGGCACCAUCACGCUCAAACUCAAACACAGGCCCGACGUAUACACCUGGAAGUCUGUCAACUGUUGCGUUCAUAAUAUCAUUGUCGGAAAGCUCUGGUUCGAAGAGUACGGCUUAAUGGAGGUGACCAAUCAAACCAACGGUAUGCGAACCCAAUUGAACUUUAAGCCAGCUGGUUGGUUUGGCAAAGACCUGCAUCGAUUCGAUGGUUUUAUAUACUCAGCA